AUGACGUCGAUGCUUCCAACGUUAGAAGACCUUCAUAAAAAGGCAAGACUAUCUCAAGUAAUACAUCCUAACCAGUACGUAUCAUUGGACACACGACUUUACCCGCAAACACCAGGGCAGACGUUAGCUAAUGAAGACCAGAGAAUACCUCCUGUGACAGUGACUCAAGAACAAGAUGAGCAUCGUAGGCCUGGGCUGCUACGAGACUGUACUACAGUGUUUGGGUGCGGCAGGUUCAAAACGGAUUAUCCUAGCUAUCGCCCGAUUCACCGGCAGAUGUCAAACAGCCACGCUGCCUCUUCAGAACAUUUUGUUUGUUGGCGCGAUUGGCCGAGAAUUCGCCAAACUUGUUUCCUCCUCACUUUCAUCUGUCUAGCAGCCAUCAUCUUUUGUGCCGUCAUAUCUGUGUAUACAUCCAAUCAUAUUUCGAAUUCUCAUUCAUCCCAGAGAAAAGAUCUUUGGUGGUACAGAGAUGCAACAUUCUAUGAAAUAUUUCCAGCGUCUUUCCAAGACACAGACGCAGACAGUUAUGGCGACUUUCAGGGCAUCAUACGUCGAUUAGAUUACAUCCGUGAUCUCGGCAUGACAGCGAUUAGGCUCAACUCCAUCUUCAGUGCUUUAGACUAUCCUCUCGAAUACGAACACAUAAUCGACCUCCACAGUGCCGAUCCGCAUCUGGGGAGGAUGGACGAGUUUCGACUCUUGGUGGACGAAGCCCACCACAGGGGACUGAAGGUGGUCCUGGACAUCAACCCUACCAUUACGAGUGAUCAACACACUUGGGCCUUACACUGGCAAAGAGGCAUUCCAGGUUACGAGCAUUUUUAUGCAUCGGCCAACAGAUCGAAGUCACCACCGGAAAUGGAAAACUCAGAAGGACCACCACCAGAAGAAUGGGAAUUGACACAAAGGACAUUCGGUGGCCACUAUGUAUUAAACUGGUCGAAUCCUUUCGUUCAGAAAGAAUACCAAAAAACCAUUGCUUACUGGCUGGACACGGGAGUUGACGGAUUCUACAUGAAGCAUCUCGAAAAGAUACAUGUUGUUGAUUUUCACCACAUAGCAAACAUCAUGCACCAGUGGAGGACAGUUUUAGAUAGCCCACCAUCCAUUUGGAACAUUGGAAGAUCUGCUGCAAGACGCAUUCUCAUAGUGUCAUCAAAAUUUGCAGAAACCAUCAUCACAGAACUUGGGCAACCUGCGAAAGAUAUCUUGAAAUAUGUUGACAUGCUGGAUUACCCUAUCCUGGUUGGGAGUGGAAAAGAAAUGGCUCAACAAGUGUCAGCAUUGAAGGAAGUGUCUGGAUGGCCGAAGGACCACCCCACACCUAUGUGGCACUUGGGAAGUUCAGAUACAUUCCGUCUCGCAUCGAGGAUAGAGUACCGGUACAACAUGGCGGCUUUCUAUCUUCUCAUGACACUUACUGGUUCCAGGUCUGUUUUUUACGGAGAUGAAAUUGGAUUACGUGACAGCUACGAUGUCCUCAGUGGAAGAGUAUACCGAGGAGGACAACUAACACCAAUGCAAUGGACAGCUGAUAACUCUUCUGGUGGAUUCACGGACAACAUGACCAAUCCAUGGCUUCCGUUAAAUCCAGACCACUAUUCGACAAACGUUCAGAACCAACAAGACCGUCUCAACGAGUUUAGGAAUCUCACAGCAUUUCGAUGGACACUGCUGAGGGACUUCAGACACGGCAUUCAAAGACUCGACGUACUAGAACCCAACAUUAUUGUCCUGGAGCGAAAACAUCGACGCGAGUACGGAAGGCGAGUCGUACUGGUGGCGAAUUUCGGCAGCAGCCAUGAAGACAGAGAAUUUCCAGAAGCGUAUGGCGAUGUGUCAGCGAUUUUGGCAACCCGGGGACAAACGCAGUGUCGGAUUGGGAAAAGAAAUUUUUCAGUCAGCCCUGGAGCAGCUUUUAUUACCGAUGUACGGCUGAUAUCAAAACCGACACAUAAGUUUAUUCUUUAAAUGUUUCACUCAUUUUCUGAGGCAUCAUUCAUUUGAAGAAGCUCGAGAGCUUUUUGAGAACUUUCUUCAGUGCAAAAAAAGAAAGCUUAAAGACUCACUCAAGAGCUUUAUAGUGUUAAGUCUCAAGGCUCAAGAAAAAGCACCUGAUUAACUUUACCCCGUUUAUAAAUAUGUGGAAUAAUGAACUAUUCUUUCUUCGUGAAAAAUUUCAUAAAUUUGGUUAAACAAAAAAUGACUAAAACAAUGCUAACUAAAUACCAAUCAUAAUUAUCUGCCAAGAUGCUGCUAAACAAAACCUAUAUGAACAGGCUGUUUCACCAUCAGUUCAUUAAAAUAAUUUUGAUGUACAUUUCUAAUUACAAAAAUGCAGAAUUUUCUCUAGUAAAAAUGAUCUUCAAAAUUAAAAAUAGAUUAUUUGUACAUAAUACUUAAUUAAUUUUCGAAAAUAAAAUGGCAAUGAUAAGUUUGGUUAUUAAUCAAUUAUAUAACCAAAAAGUAUCCCUUAUAUAUAUUUAAGUUUUUACGUUUGACGUGUUUUUAUUUUCUUAUUUUUUUCCUUAGUUUAUUUAGGCUGAUGAACCUCAUUAUGGAAAUUAAGGUUAAAAAUGGUAAAAGUAAUUCGAUUUUACUAGAAGAAAAAUUCAUAGUGCUUAAAUAAGCAUAUAAGAUAUUGAAAGUUUCGUUUCUUGGGCAUUUUAAAGCAAAUCAUUGUAUAGAUAUAUUUAUGGAUUGGAAGAUAUCACUCUUAACUUAUUUAGGUUACCUGAAAUUAAUCCAAGUAUAUGAGUUGAAGUUUUGUUCAUAAACUUUGUAUCUAAAUCCUAUUAUAUUAAAAUGCUCAAGUUGUAAAUAAAUGUAAAAAUAAAAUAUCUUGUUUGAUUUUAACAUGUCUGUAAACUUUGACUAAAAAUAUC